AUGUUCACACCCGGCGGAGGUCAACAACCGCCUCGUCAGCCUGAAUUCGACCUUGAACAACUACUCGGUCGCGUACGCGGCAUAUUUGGUGGCGCCGGUGGACGCCUUAGCGGCGGAAACCUGAGCAUUUUAAUUAUCGCCGUGGUCGCCUUGCUCGCUAUCAUCUGGGCGGCCACCGGAGUGUACACGGUGAGCCCCGGUGAAAACGCCGCACUUCGGUUGUUCGGAGCCGUGCAGGGCGCGCCCGUAUCGGAAGAAGGUCUCCACUGGUGGUGGCCCACGCCGGCGGGCAAGAAGGACGUUCUGCUGGUCACCGAGACGCGGCGCAUGGAGUUGGGGUUCCGUUCCAACGACGCGGCCGUCAACACCCCAUUCCUCGAUGAAGCCUUGAUGAUUUCGGGCGACCUGAACAUUGUUGACGUCCAGAUGGUGGUGCAGUAUCGCAUCAGCAAUUUGAACAACUUCCUGUUCAAGGUUGACGAUCCUGGCGAGCCGGUUCGGUUGAUACCAGAGGGACGCCCCGACGGGCGCACCCUUAAAGACGGCGCGGAAGCCGCCCUGCGUUUAGUGGUGGGGCAGCGCUCCAUUGACGACGUGCUGGUGCGGGGCCGCGAAUUGGUGGAAACCGACACUCGCGAGCGGUUGCAAGACAUCCUUGACGAGUACGAGGCCGGCAUUGAGGUCAUCUCAGUGCAGUUGCAGGACGUGAAAGCGCCGGAAGAAGUGCGCGACGCAUUCGACGACGUGCUGAGAGGCCGCCAAGAACGCGAAACUCGCAUCAACCAGGCCCUGGCCUACGAAGCCGAGAUUAUACCGAGAGCCAGGGGUGACGCCGAGCGAAUCAUCGAGGCGUCCGAGGCGUUCAAGCGCGCCCGGAUCGAAACCGCCAACGGUGAAGCCCAGCGUUUCGAGUCGGUACGUAACGAGUACCAGAGUUCACCCGAAGUGACUCGCCAACGUCUCUACCUGGAGGCCCUGGAAAACGUCUUCCCAAGGGUUACCAAGAUCAUCGUUGACCCCGACACCGAACCGGUACUCAUUCUGGGACAGGACGGAAACGUCAUACCUGCCCCCAUCGGUCCUCCCGGCCCGUAG